AUGCGACCCACCCCUGCAGAAAUCCCAGGUCCAGGAGGUGAUGCCUUCCUGUUGCCAAUCCGCCUCAAUGGCCCACCCCCAGGCUUGAGUCAGUGCAUCCUGGGAUGUAUGUCCUGGAUCACCUGCAUGGCCUGCUUCCUGAGGACUCAGGCCCAUCAAGUUCUAUUCAACAACUGCAGAUGCAAGCUGCUCUUCCAGAAGCUCAUGGAAAAGACAGGUGUCCUGGUCCUCUGUGCUUUCGGAUUUCUCACACAGAAAAUGGCCCAGAAAAUAAUGAAGAUGAUACAAGGAGAUUACAUUGAAAAGCCAGACUUUGCCCUAAAGUCUAUAGGAGCGUCCAUUGACUUUGAGCAAACGUCAGCCACGUACAACCACGACAAGGCUCGCUCCUACUGGAACUGGAUCCGGCUGUGGAACUAUGCACAGCCCCCGGACGUGAUCCUCGAGCCCAAUGUGACACCUGGCAACUGCUGGGCCUUCUCGGGUGACCGCGGCCAGGUGACCAUCCGACUGGCCCAGAAGGUCUACCUGUCCAACCUGACACUGCAGCACAUCCCCAAGACCAUCUCACUGUCAGGCAGCCUGGACACUGCCCCCAAAGACUUCGUCAUCUAUGGUAUGGAAGGCUCCCCUAAAGAAGAAGUGUUCCUGGGGGCAUUUCAGUUUCAGCCAGAAAACAUCAUUCAGAUGUUCCAGCUCCAGAACCAGCCGUCCCGGACUUUUGGAGCAGUCAAGGUGAAGAUAUCAAGCAACUGGGGGAACCCACGCUUCACCUGCCUAUACCGCGUGCGAGUGCACGGCUCUGUUACCCCACCCAGAGAUCAGCCUAUGAGCCCCUAUCCUGAGAGAGAUUAA